AUGUCAUCCGGCCUAAUGGACACAGAAGCAGGAGGCGAAGGACAACAAUACGGCGGCAAACUCUUCACCGAAAACCCCGACAACACUGGCUCCAAAAAGUCCGGCGGCCAACUAGGCCAAGUAGAAACUACCACCAACCCUUCCGAAACCCCCGAAGGCAAAGUUGCUGCUGCUGAGCGCGCGGAGAAGACGACGGAGAAUAUUCGGUAUGGACAGACGAUCACGGAGACGGGGGGCAUGAGUGGUAUGACGGAGGGGAUGGAGGGGAGGACGGAGAAGGAGGGGUUUGGGAGUAAGGUUGGUGAUCGAGUUGAGGGUGGGGAGGGGGAUGAGGUGGCGGGUGGGAGGAGGGCGCAGGGGUAUGGUGGGGACGGGGAUAUGGAUCGGGAGGUUGGUGCUUGA